AUGUCCGUGUGGGACGAUUUGGAUUUGCUGUUGGACUCUCCAUCCUCACUGAAUGUGACAUCCAACGCAAGGGGGACUGUGAAGGACAAGGCCAAUUUUAAAGUGGAAGAGGAUGUGGCUGCUCUAAGGAAGGCAAUAGAGGGCAUCGGCACAACAGAAAAGACGCUCGUUGAGGUUCUGACCCAAAGGAGUAACGCUCAGCGGCAGCUCAUCGCUACGGCCUACCACAAAGCCACGGGAAGGACAUUAAUCGCUGACCUGGAGGGUGACACUCAUGGAUAUUUUGAGGAUUUGUUGGUGGCCUUAGUGAAACCUCCUGCCGUCUACGACUGCCACGAAGUCAUUAAAGCCAUCAAGGGCGCAGGGACCACCGAGAGCACCCUGACGGAACUCUUUGCCUCCAGAUCCAACAGACAGAUCAAAGCCAUGUCGGAAGUUUAUCUGACAGAAACGGGAAAAAUGCUGAUUCACGACCUCAAAUCGGAGGUCUCUGGAGAUUACGGCAAAGCGCUGCUCAUCUUGGCAGAGGGGAAGAGAGACGAGAGCCCCUAUGUUGACGCGGCCAAAGCCAAAGCGGAUGCCAAAGCUUUGUAUGAAGCGGGAGAGAAGAAAUGGGGAACUGACGAGGGAAGGUUCAUCGACAUCCUGUGCCACAGGAGUGUUCCUCAGCUCAGACAGACUCUGGUGGAGUACAAGAGCAUAAGCAAGAGGACCCUGCAGGAGAGCAUCGAGAGCGAAAUGUCCGGAAACCUGGAAGAGCUUCUGGUGGCUGUUGUCAAAUGUGUUAAGAACGUCCCGGCGUACCUCGCAGAAAGGCUUUUCAAGAGCAUGAAGGGUUUAGGAACCACAGAGUCCACACUGACCCGGAUACUGGUAAGUCGCUCCGAAAUGGACUUGCUGGACAUUAGGGCGGAGUUCAAGAAGCUGUUCGGAUAUUCACUCUACUCCAUGCUGGAGUCUGAAGUAUCAGGCAGCUACGGUGACGCCCUGAAACAUCUUUGUGGUCAAGACUAA